CGUCUACGUUGUCAGUACGUGGUGGGGGAGUCGUGCAGCGUGCAUCAUGUUGUAUCACCUGUUGCUGCAGACAGUAAAGACACAACAGUCAGCAGGUGUGUCACCCGGUCAGCCUCACCUCCUGCUGUAUGAGCUUGAUGACGGUGAAGACGUGAAGAAGGCCGUCAACGACUUGUCACAGGCGGCGAGCGGAGGGUCGUUGUACGUCAUCGCUGAUGAAGUAAUGAGUGAGUGGAGUCUUGGCUACAGAAUCCAGAACUUUUGGACUUUGUGUGACAAGCUGCUGACACCUCGUCUCCAUCUGUGGGCGGCAUGUUGUUACCAUGAAUACGCACCCGCCGGCUGGCAAGUGGAAUGUUUAACCAGACCCCUCCGCUCUCCUCCAGCCGUCGUCAGGGAAGUCGAGCAGGACGAGAAGAUGACUACACACCGUUAUGUCCACCCGUACAAUAAGCGAGGUGUACCCGACCACACAGACGGCCCGCCAGUCAAACGACUGUAUCACCGAAGUCAGGGUCACUCAGGUUACUUUCCAGUUGACUGUGUCACGUGCGGUCGUGAGGUGGCCAGCUUCCUACACAGUCUCCGUGUUGGUGUUACAGAGAGCAGCACAACAACAUCUACAACACUCACCUCUACCAGCAGCGGCACAACACCCUGUCUACAGUGGAGAGACGUGCUGGUGUUGCACUCGAAUUACGUUAGUGACAACUCGGGUGUGGUGACAGGACUGCAAGAAGCGGGUAUCCCAGUGCAGGUGAUGAAGGACGAUGACAUCGAGGACGUGGCCACGGCCCGCACUGACGUGGUGUGGGUGUCGAGUAGAGAUCAUGUUCGUGGUCUGGAGAGAAAAGUCGUCGUGUGUGUGAAGGAUUAUGAGUUUGAAAGAUCUGCGAUUUAUUUAGAACAGUACAACCUAUCAUCUGUCCGACUUGACCUCAUGUCCCGCUGUACGUCACAACUUGUGAUUGUCUCCCCUGACGACUAGCCGCUUGAAGGCGACUGACACUGACAUUGACAAUGACACUGACACAUUUGUCACCUGCAGUAGUCGUGUGUCAGUCUUUUUGUGUUUGUGCUCUUCUACUCUUAGUCUAUCACACGUGAUCCCAUUAUGAUGUCAUAUAUAUGACGUCAUUAGAGAUUUUUACAUCAAGUGGUUCGUGUCUCUGUUUACACACAAAAAGUGUCAACAAGUUUCUCUGUUACAGAGUUAUGUGUAUGGUAAUGUGUAAUCAUUUCCGUUCUGUGUCAAUGUGUCAGCCUACCAGUGUGACAUCUGUGUCAAUGUGUCAGUCUAGCAGUGUCAUAUCUGUGUCAGUGUGUCAGUCUACCAGUGUGAUAUCUGUGUGAAUGUGUCUAUAUGUUGUACACGUGCUGUCAAAGGGCCUCAACAGACUGUAAUGUCAGUGCCGUGCACUAAAGUGUUUAGUCUGAUAUUGUUUACUGCCAGUAGUAAACAAAGGGGACAGAACUCUGAGACUAACUACAGACACGAGUUGUCCAUCAAAACCCACUUCACUGAGUUAAGAGAUUGAUUGAUGUAAACACAACAAACACUAGCGGCUCACUUAUACAACACAUGUUACAAGUUUAACUGUUUGACACAAACACAUUCACACGAUGUACAAAUGUUGUUUCACAUCCUUUAUAAAUGUCGCCACACGUUUCACAAUGAGUGUUUCAAUAAAGAUUGUUGUUGUUAGUUUAAAACAGGUACAAACAGUUGUUAAGUGGUUAAAAUAGUUGUAACAGUGACGUCACCCACAGGCAUCACGUGCGCACUGUUACAACAGUCAAACACCAGGCUGACAAUAUAAACAUACACCACACAGCAAAUAAACAAUAAAUACCAAUGACAGGAUACAAUACCUACACCACGAUCACAUGACACUGUUACAGUUUACAACAUCUUGUCACAACACACACUAUACCCUGACCGUGACAUGUCAUGACACGAAGUCUCACAAUCAGCCAUUGCUGACGUCAUGUUAGCCCUCAGUGACGUCAUGCGGAUGGAGGAUGAAGGAGGACAGCGAGUGUCGUCUGUCAGGAAAGCGAUGAUGAGGGCGAAGAUAAAACGCGUGUGCAGCUUAUUUUGUCGAUGAUUUGUUUGACUAAAGAAAACCUUUUCGCGAUGUGUUUUGAUGGAGUCAACACAUGUGUAACUUGGGACUAGACAUGUCACUUGUGUGUUGGACUGCAGCUGUCCUGUGUCUUGGGGUCACGUGGCUAGAGCGGUGACCUGCGCUGUGUGCUGGUUGUUCUUGUGUUGUAUAUUGAUGUUUCUUUAAUAAAAGGUGUCAAGAAAAAAAAAACAGAAAAAAAUCUCUACAGCAGCACUAGCGGACGCACGCUGAGCAUAUCAUCCCAGAAAACUACAGAAUCCCAAGGAAUAGAGGGGCGACAGUGAGAGAAGGCAGCCAAUAAAAUGUAAAAGCAAAGUAGACCUCAUCCAGCAAACAAAGUCACGUGUUUGUUGUCGACAGUUCACAUCACAAGAAGUGAGAUGACAGACCGAGUACUAAACCUAAAGAAAGAGACGACGCUACCGAUGAAGAUAACAUCGCUAACGAGCAGUGUCUUUCCUCUACAAAGAAAAGCUGACAACAGCGAUGUGAGAAGAACUGAUUGUAAAAUAACUAAGUGAUAACCAACCAAAUAACAAACAACUUAUUGCUCAGCCUCACCUUCUGGUCUACGACCUUUAAUGAAAUCAAAAUCAAAUCAGACACAAGCAAUUUUCUUUUGCUCAAAAGGGCAGGCAUACAUACUCAUACAGACAUUAACACACAGUUAGGAGUAAAGAUACAUUAUCAUGGUAGGUUGUAUCUCCUUCAAAUGGUCAAUGAUAUUCCAAUACUUAUAUUUCUUGUAUAUAUUAAUAAAAAAAGUUGUGUUUCUUGCA